AAGUGCUGCAGGGCUACGACUGGACCACGAUACCCGUCGCCAACAAGGGCUCGAACGAAAAAAGAGCGGCCCACGUGAAGAGGCCGAUGAACGCCUUUAUGGUGUGGGCUCAGGCGGCGAGGAAGAAACUGGCCGAGCAGCAUCCCCAGCUUCACAACGCCGAGCUGUCCAAGACCCUCGGCAAACUGUGGAAACAAUUGUCCGACAGCGACAAGAAGCCAUUCGUCGAAGAGUCCGAUCGGCUGCGCGUCAUCCACAAGCGGACCCAUCCGGACUACAAGUACCAGCCGCGGCGCAAAAAACAGGGGGCCUCGAGUUGCCGCGACAACCACAACUCGAGACCGUCGAGCUCGGCCGCGGUGCCGAUGCCACCCACGGUCGGCAACGCCACGGCUCCUCAGCAGUGCGGCCUGGCCUUCAGCAGCAUCUCCCGGACCCUCAAGCAAGAGGACCCCAACAGCUGCGACGCCGCGGUCAGCUCGCCCCAGACGAGCGGCUCGUCCUCGCCACCCACGACCCCCUCCCAGGGCAUGUCGCCCCCCACGCCACCCACGACCCCCCGAGGCCAGCACUACGUCGGCCAACAGAACCAGCACCUCCUCGCGAGUGGUCAGCUGUACCAGCACCAGGACAUGACGAGCAGCCACCCGCAGAGCUCCCCCCCGGACCUUGGUCAGCAUCACCACCAGAGCCACCACAAUCAGCAGCAGGCGGAUCUCCGUAGCUACCUCGAGUUGACCGAGAGCCUGCCCCUGGAGGACGAGCAGCUGGGCAACUUGGGCACGUUGAAUCUCGGGCUGUCGAUGGGCCUGCCCGAGUGCGAGGUCGAGGGCAUCGAGCUCGACCAGUACCUCACCCAACAGCAACAGGUGGCACAGUACAACCCGCCCAACCACCAGUGGCUCCUCAACAGGUACGACGAGGAGUGCUUGGACAGGCUGAACAAGCGCCACUACAACGAGCAGCAACAGGUCGGGGGUGGCAUGUCGAGCGAAUUGAGUCGUUGUUGGGACGAGCAGCAGCAUCAACAACAACAACAACAACAACAACAACAACAACAAUUGCGUAGCCGCGAGGACAUGAUGAGGUACCACGAGCUACAACCUCCGCUGCCGCCCGUCGAGUACAUAUCCCAGCACCACCUCCAGGUGGGACACCAGCACGUGGCCGCUUAUGCGCCCUACCGGCAUUUCACCGGCAUCGAGUGGCCCAACUACAACUGA